AUGGCCGCUGCAGGGCCUACCUAUUAUUGCCAUAAAUGUGAAGCACACAUUGGACAAGUAGCAGAUUUCGAAUGUCCGCGAUGUCAUGAAAAUUUCAUCGAAGAAGUCGCACCUCGAGAAGUACCACCACAACCGCGCGCUACUGCAAGACGUCCUUAUGGAGGAGCAUUUCAAUUUCACGGUGCAACACCAUUUGGAAACACGACUAUCAUUGUUGGUGGUGGACCGUCAGUAAACGAUGGAGGACAAAUGCCAGGAAAUGGUGAUCUUAGUAAUUUCCUACAAACACUAUUAAUGCAACUCACCGGUGGGGGUGUUGGUGGUGCACCGUUUCCUUUUCCCAUACACAACGCUGCUGGAACAGCUUUUCUUGAUCCAAAUAAUCUUGAUGCUUUUCUUACUCAAUUUCUGAAUCAAAUGGGUGAAAAUAGCGGACCUGCGCCAGCAACUGAAAAUCGAAUCAAUUCGAUUCCCACAGUAAAAGUAACUGGUGAACAAGCUCGUGAUAAUUUACAGUGUGCUAUAUGCAUGGAUGACUUUAAAGAAAAUGAUGAGGCAAAACGUCUUCCCUGUUCACAUCAUUUUCAUGAGGACUGUAUAUCACGCUGGCUUCGACUUCAUGGUACAUGUCCGACAUGUCGUGUAACUUUAGAUGGCGAUAAUACCACUAAUCGUGAAUACUUUAAUAAUCUACAACCAACAAAUAAUAAUAACAACAACAACAAUAAUAAUAAUCGUCGCAAUGACGGAGAUAGUACUGGUGGUUCAUCAUCUGCGGCUAGCGGAGGUAUUCAUCCCAUUGAAUUCGAUUAA